GCAGCAGGUGGGAGCGGGGCUGUUGAUAUCAAUAUGGCGGUUGUCAGCCAGACAAAGACAGUCAGUCUGAUGUGAUUGAGACAAGGGAGGUUUUCAGGGGGAGACUGGGAGAUAGGGGCCUCCCCUCCCCCUUCUCCUCUUCCUGUGCCGGCCUCAACCCCUCCCCAGUCCCCUCCCGACUGGCGCCCCACGCGGAAGACACCCCUCCCCCUCCCGCUUUCCCCUCCUCCCUGCCUCAGCCUUUCGUACUGGGACGUUGGGGAGGGGGCUGUGCCGGGCGGAGAGAACUCAGCAAGGAUUCUGAGAAUGAUAAAUAACGCUGAUCAUCUCUAGAAAGGAUAUUGAUUCACCUCAUGUAAAGUAUGCUCAGUUCCUUUCCAGUGGUUUUGCUGGAAACCAUGUCUCACUAUACAGAUGAACCCAGAUUUACCAUAGAGCAGAUAGAUCUGCUUCAGCGCCUUCGGCGUACUGGAAUGACUAAACAUGAAAUUCUCCAUGCCUUGGAAACGUUGGACCGUCUUGAUCAAGAGCAUAGUGACAAGUUUGGAAGAAGGUCCAGCUAUGGAGGAAGUUCUUAUGGGAAUAGUACCAACAAUGUUCCAGCAUCUUCCUCUACAGCUACAGCUUCCACACAGACCCAGCAUUCUGGAAUGUCCCCAUCACCUAGCAACAGUUAUGAUACCUCCCCACAGCCUUGCACUACCAAUCAAAAUGGGAGAGAGAAUAACGAGCGAUUAUCUACAUCCAAUGGAAAGAUGUCACCCACUCGCUACCAUGCAAACAGCAUGGGUCAGAGGUCAUACAGUUUUGAAGCCUCAGAAGAGGACCUAGAUGUAGAUGAUAAAGUGGAGGAGUUAAUGAGGAGGGACAGCAGUGUGAUAAAAGAGGAAAUCAAAGCCUUUCUUGCCAAUCGGAGGAUUUCCCAAGCAGUUGUUGCACAGGUAACAGGGAUCAGUCAGAGCCGGAUCUCUCAUUGGCUGUUGCAGCAGGGAUCAGACCUGAGCGAACAGAAGAAAAGAGCAUUUUACCGAUGGUAUCAACUUGAGAAGACAAACCCUGGGGCUACACUAAGUAUGAGACCAGCCCCCAUUCCAAUAGAGGACCCAGAAUGGAGACAAACACCUCCCCCAGUCUCUGCCACAUCUGGCACCUUCCGACUACGACGAGGGAGUCGAUUUACCUGGAGAAAGGAGUGCCUCGCUGUCAUGGAAAGUUACUUCAAUGAGAAUCAAUACCCAGAUGAAGCCAAGAGAGAAGAAAUUGCAAAUGCUUGCAAUGCAGUUAUACAGAAGCCAGGCAAAAAACUGUCAGAUCUGGAACGAGUUACCUCCCUGAAAGUAUAUAAUUGGUUUGCUAACAGACGGAAGGAGAUCAAGAGGAGAGCCAAUAUUGAAGCAGCAAUCCUGGAGAGUCAUGGGAUAGAUGUACAGAGUCCAGGAGGCCAUUCCAACAGUGAUGACGUUGACGGAAAUGACUACUCAGAGCAGGAUACUUGGCAAGUACGCAAUGGGGAGGAGGAGGAGGGAAGAAGUUCAGAGGGAGGCAGAGAAGCAGAGAAGGAUGACAGCACUAGCCAUAGUGACCACCAAGACCCCAUCUCAUUAGCUGUGGAAAUGGCAGCAGUCAACCACACUAUCUUGGCCUUGGCCCGACAAGGAGCCAACGAAAUCAAGACAGAGGCCCUGGAUGACGACUGAUCAGGGAGGGUUGAACAUGAGAAGUUAACUUAGUUUAGACGUAGCACCUUAGCAGACUUUCCUCGGUCCUUAACAUGUGUUCUUACAGUAUAACUUGCAGUUUCUUGUAUGUCAGUUAGCCCUUAGGGUCUUGUUCUGUGAAGAUGGCAUGGUGCCCUCAGCCUUUGCAUAUACUCUCUCAGUAUUAAUUCCCAGUAAAUAAUAACCAACCAACCAACCAACCAACCAAACUUCCCUCUCCCAGCCCCCGAGGCUAGAAAAUCUUGCUGCUCUGUCUUAGCAUUCCAAGAAAGUGCUUCCAGGUAUUUAGAUAGCCCUCAGUUCUCAAAUAAUAGGCUACGUGUAAAACCUUGGGUACCUUUAGAUUCCUGUAACACUAGUCUGUACCCUUUUCCUUCCCCAAGACUGAUAGGAUGCAAGCUGAGGUAGUGUGGCCCAGGAUUGACAGACACCAUUUGGGGAGUAUCUGCAGAGUAAAAGGAACACUAGAAUUCCCACUCAGAGUGGGAAUAAUUGAUUUCCAGCUGCAAUAAGCCGUGCCUCAUAAUAGUCACACUGUGGCUAGAUUAUACUUCUUUGGGUGCUGUGGAAAGAUGUGGAAUGUCCAUGGAAAAACUUGAUCUCAGAUUUUGGUUGAUGUUAACAUGCCUGACACAGACAUCCUUUCCUCUCACAAGCUGUGUGACUUAGUAGAUAAAAUACUGCCUUCUGCCUUUGGGACCAUGAUUCAAACACACAAAAAAACAAAAGUCAUUUAAAAAAACAAAACAAAACAAAACAAACCCAGCUUGAGAGCAUUGGAAAAAAAACAAAACAAAACAAAACAAAAAACAUGAGCUGAAUGUCUAAUGGAUGUUAAGUCCAGUUCUCAGAACCACUGUACGUUACGCGGCACAGGUAUGUGCCUGCCUGCAAAAGUGCUGGAGGUCAUCAUGGACGCUGCUUUGCCUCCUGUUUGUGUCCCCUUUCCCUGCUACCAAAAAAAAUCUUUCAAGGAUGGAGCUAAGGUCACAAAUGAGUGAAUGAACUUCCAGUCUUUGUAUCCAUUAACUGAAGCCCCCUCAAUAUGAGAGGUUGAUAGAGGACUUUAUGGUGGGAUUAUGCUGACUGACUAUCACAAUUGCAAAUACUUUCCUAAAAAGGAGCAGAAAAAAGCAGGGGACAAUUGCCACUUGCGUGGUGUGUCUUCAAGAUACAACGUGAUGUGACUGCUUUGGUGUUCUCUUUACUCUGUCCUUGUAGAGGUGUGAAAAGCUAUAUUGCUACAGGCAAUUUAUUUAAUAAUUGGAAGCCAUAUUGAUAAUGGAUGUGGUAAUAUUUGUAAAGUUUAAUCUACUUUAAGCGGCAGUAACUAAUGGAAUUUUUUUCCUUGAUCACAUAUGUAGCACUUUUGUUACUUUUUAAAGAUAUUUAUAUUUGAUAAAUCUUUUUUUCAUUUUGAGAACUCAAAAUACCAAACAGUGAACUUGCGUUAUAAAGUCACCCUGUGAUCACCUUGUCAUCUAGUAGCAAAAUGAUGAACUAUUCAUGCAUCAAAGAAAAUUACAUCUGCUGGCCUUGUAUGAAAAUGAUCUCUUGGCAUCCCGAUUAAAUGACACACUGUCACUGUGGGGAAGAGGAAACAGCCUUCAAUGUAGUGGCGUAGGGUGCGUCUGAGGGAGGCAUGACUGCUGUGUAUUUUCUGCCUCGUUCCAUCUCCUUUCUACGCACAGUGGAGCCUUGUUUAAAGGGGGAUUUGGGGCUGGCUGUUAACUGUCUUUUCGUCCAUUAUCUAAGAACAAUUUCUAAGAUGGAAGGAAGGCGCCAUUUCCUUACCUCUUCACCUCCAUGCCCCCACCAAAUGUAUUCAACCUAAAACCAUUGAGAAGAGAGUGAGACUGACCUUCUUUGUUUUUCCCUUUCUCAUUAGUAGAUAUUAAAUACCCACCAGUUUUUAGCUGGUCUGACUCCAUUUAAGGCGUAUGCUGACAAGGUCUUCUCCCUGUCUGUUCAUCCUGCCUAUGCCAGUGUGCGGAAGCCUUUAGAGGGCAUGAAAAUGCCACCUUAUAUGGGUCUGUGACUUUAAAGAGCUAAGGGCAGGGACUGGGCCUGCUCUUAUCUGUGGAUUUCAGGCAGAAAAUGUAUAUACUUCUUCCAGCUUCCAAGAAUUGGAGUAAAAUGGGGUAGUCUUUUCUGUUUUACUGUAUUACUUGAACCAACAGAUUCAAGAGUAGCAUUUGUUAUUCUCAGGAAUGAUCCCCCUGCUCAUUUUCUUUCUUGGUGUGUUUGAGUUUUUAUUUCAAUUAGGAGAUUAUGUUAUCUUUCUUUCCUUUUAUAUUACUUAGAAAAAAAAAUGUAACGUAUUGUAUCUUCCCAUUCCGGUGAAAUUUUGUCUGCUUAUUCUCAGUUGAAUCAGAAAGAAAAGAGAGGAAAAUAUACUGUCUGACAAGCCACAUCCAUGAUUUAUUGUAAGGAGAUUAUUAUAAUUGAUAGCUUCUUUAUGAUGGGAUUGCUAGUAUCAUUUGUUCUUGCUGGUCUUUUUAAAGAAACAGACUCAAACUGUUAAGACAGCUGCAGUUUCUAAAGAAAUACAGUGAUUGCCAGAGAAGAGCUAAAAGGUUUCAUUGUUUUAAGGCCUUAAGGAAGGAGAAAAGCUUCAGAGAAAAAAGGGGAGUCAGUAUCCAUGAAAGCAGUAGCAGGCCCUAUCUGGCAACCUGGAAAAAGUAAGAGCACAUGUCUACCAAUGCAGGAUAGCCUCAUACUGGGUUCAGGAAGAAGGAAUCUUUCAUCCAGAAUUCUUCUUUUAAUUGAAGAAGACUGCUGGCCUGCUCUUAAGACCCGCUGCCUUACAUAUAACUUUUGCUUUUUCACCGAGAGCAAAAAUACAGUUCUUUGGGGCCUAGAUUUAAAUCUGCCAUUGUUUUUUUGUUUUUGUUUUUGUUUUGUUUUUGUCCCUGGGUUCAAUUCUGCUGUCUUGUCCAGUCUACCUUCAAUGUUCUCAUAAUGGCACACAGAGUUGUCACUGUCUUAAUUUGUAGUAUCUUUGGAUGGUGAAUUUUUUUCUUAAAAAACCCUAAAUUCCUGUCUUACUGAAGGGAAAAGAGCCAGACUCAAAAAAAAAAAAAGAAAAAGAAAAAGAAAAAAAAAUCCCAUUAUGUACUUUUGGGUUGAUCUACCCCUCUUUUCUUACUCCAUCCUGUACAUCCCUCAGGCCCCAGAGGACUGUUUCAGGACUGCUCUUCCCUAGUGAAGAAGACUAAAUAAAAGGGUGGGGUGGAAACCUUGUCAGCAGUUCUUAUAGGAACUUGUCUGUUAUUUUUUGAAAGACACUUUCAUUGAAUUACUAUAGUCACAUGGGUAAACUUCCUACUCUUCUUACAACACAGCCUUACAAAGGGACCUUUUAAAGAUGGACCAUCUGAAUGAGAUUUCUGAUUUGCUGUUGAUAACCCUAAUGUGGGGUGAAGGCCAGGGAGGGCAAUACAGUACACUCUUAGCUGAGACCUUCUGGUGUCAGUCAGUACCAAAUAGACACUUUGGUUUAUUUCAGCAAAGCUUGUAAUUGUUGAGUACCCCUUAGGGCAUUUCUUCACAGUCUCAGUCCUUUAAGUGGUUGAAAAGUGCGGUUACCUUCCACCUACCUAUGGGAUCUAUACAGUUCCCACACACUGUCUUUGGGUGGGCGCCCCCCCCCCCCCCCAUUCUCCUGUUCCUUCCCAGGAAGAAAGUUCCUGGAACAGGAAGACCCCUUUAAGGUACCUUUCACUGUAGCUCAGUAGAGGUGACCACCUAAAAAGAUACGGGUGAGGAAGCAGCUGCUCAUCAACAGUGAAGUAUGCAAAUCCAGUACUGUGGUUCCUGGUAGAUUUUCGAUGGCACGCAGUCCAGUAACCGACAGUACCACUGUUGGGGCCAGAUAUCCACAUAUAUUUUUACCUUAAAGGGGACAACUCAUGAAGAGCUCACUCAAACACUCAUUUCAGUUCUUUACAAACUUCCCUCCUGGACUCUAGCCAUCAAGCACCAAGUGUAAAUAGACUUAUUUCAUCAGGAAUCUCCAGUCACAUUCUCUCCCUCUGUGAACAGCUCCCCUUCCAUUUGCCUCUGGGCUCCAAUCUAAGGGCCUCAUCUUGAGCAGACAUCUUUGCUGGGAUUUUUAUCUUCCACAGAAGGCAGAGCAUGUGGGUGUGGUCCAUCUCUUCACACAAACACUCCUUUCUGUCUUGCAGGCCAUCUUUGUGACCAGCUACAUAUUCCACUGACCAGCUACAUUAUCUCUGCCCAUAACAGUGGAAAUAAUCCCUUUUUCACACACAGUCC